AUGACAAAACCAGUAGUAGACAAACAAUCAACAGGUGCUUCUACAGCACUAGAAACCAGUUCAAAAACCCAUAGCUUUACUUCCCCUCAAGCCAUACCCACGCUGGAUCAGAUUCCAAUACCUGUACUCAAGUUACUUGUGAGUUUAGGGCCUACGUUGCGUCUUGCAGCUCGGUGGGUGAGUGUAUUGCAAUGGCAAUCCAGUCCUCGAGACUCGUUUUUAGUGGUCCUGAUAUGGAUCUGUCUCUGUUUAUGGACUUGGCCGCUCUUGACGUUCGGCCUACCUUGUCUUAUUCUUUAUCAACUCAGCCAUCAUUGGCUUUCUAUACGUACCUUGCGAAAGAAACGAGAAGCACUCGAAAAGAAACGACAAGAACAGCCACCAGAACAUGACGAGAGCGAAGAUGAAGAUAAACUACAACAAAUUCGAAAAGUGCAAGCACAAGAUGAAUUGAUCUCUCGCAAAAUACAACACGAGGACCAUGUAUCGCUGGACGAUACACUGCAAGAUAUACAGAAAGUCAAUCAGUUUGUUGAAUCUAUCAGGCAUCAGCCGUCCAUGACGCAAUGGUUAAAGAACAAACCGGUCGUGUUUGUCUUGACUGUGUUGAUGUAUGCGUGUCCUGUAUGGUGGGUUGUGUGUUACCUGUUGGGUGUCCAUGGCGUGUUGGCUGUGAUGGGUGCAUGUGUGUUGCUGAAACCCUCUGGCUAUGUACAGUUGGUCUUAAAGAUGAUGCAAGAGAAUGCUAUUCUGAGACAAGUGAUGGCUGCCUUAUGGGCCUAUGGUGUUGCUUGCAUUACCACUGUUUUUUCAACACGACGACGACAAGGAUGGAAGAGUCGGUUCGCUGGUUUCUUUGAUCGCGCUAAACAACAGAAAUCAAUAGCAUUGGAUACACUGACCAGUAAAAGCACAGAAGAUCAAGAUGCAUCACGUACUGAAAUGAUCUUUCAAUUUGAAGUCUAUGAAAACCAACGAUGGUGGCUAGGUGUCAAUUGGACCACCAACAUGAUGCCUAGUGAACGUGCUCCUUGGACAGACAACCAAAUGAAGCCCAUUAGCUCUAAAGAAGAUGUUCAACUCCCUGAAGCCACCGUCAAGACAGAAAAGAGUCGCACCAUCAACAAGAUAUGGAGUUGGGCUGAUGGUGAUUGGUGGGUGGAUAUGACAGGUGAAUUACAGAAUAAAGUGGACCAUAAUGGCUGGGAGUAUGGCAACAAUGCCUGGAAACAAACAAGUGGUACACCUGGCAUACAAACAUUUACACGAAGACGAAGAUGGUGUAGACGAGCAAAACUUAGAAAGACAGGCGAACGUUUACAUGCUCCUGAAAUUGCGAGCACAGUAAGAACAAAGGGAACAGAGCAAAUCAAUAGUUUGCAACACAAACAUCCUUAUUUAGACAACACUUUGCCUUGCAGCAUUAGUGAAGAAAAGAAAGAAAAGCAUCUUGAGCGAAUUGAAAGAUUAUCUCGCUGGUUAGAUGAUGCAGUUCCUCAUUCGCCUAUUCCUCUAGGUGUAGAUUCAUUACUGGGUUUUAUUCCAGUCAUUGGGGGUGUCAUAGGCAGUUUGUUUUCCUUGUAUCAAAUCUAUCUGUCAACACAUUUUGGUAUUCCUCUUUGGUUAUUGGUCCGUAUGCUCUAUAACACCAUAAUUGAUUUCUUAUUUACUUUUAUUCCGAUGGUGGGUGGUAUUAUCCAUAUGUUUUACAAAACAAACACAUACAACUAUCAAGAACUCUGCCAAUGGCUAGAACACCCGGAACCACCUACUUAUGCUGAGAAAGUGAAAAAUGAAUCCAGUGUGUCUGUUACUUCUUCUGCGCCUACGAUGGUGACAUGGCGUCAAAUAGGCCACGAUGUGCUUCAACUGGCUUCAAAAAUGAGCGAAAAAAAACCGGAAUGA